AUGGCCGGCCUCAGCCCCCAAGUAACCAACAUUGUCAUCAUCCUCGGCAUGAUGCAAGUUGCCAAGAAGGUGCCCUUCGAUGACCCCAAUGUGCUCAAUGCCUGCCGCGCCCUCUACGUGUUCAGCAAUCUGGUCAUCCUCGGCAUCUACCUCUACCUGAAGACCGCCAUUGACAAGAAAAAGGACCUGACCACCCUCAAGUAUGUCGAGCCGGCGCCGAUGGGCUCCACCGAGGAAGGCAAGCUGGUGACCACGACGGUCCACGCCUACGACAUGGGCCAGCUCAAGCAGAUGUUCCGCUCCCAGAUGAUGGGUGUCGCCAUGAUGGGCGUCAUGCACUUCUACUUCAAGUACACCAACCCCCUGCUGAUCCAGUCCAUCAUCCCCGUCAAGGGCGCCUUCGAGUCCAACCUGGUCAAGAUUCACCUCUUCGGCCAGCCCGCCACCGGCGACCUCAAGCGACCAUUCAAGGCCGCCGCUGGCUUCAUGAGCAGCAUGGCCGGUGGCCCCGCGCAGAGCGAUAAGAAGGCUAUCGAGGCUGCCGAGCGCGCCGGCCGUGGUGGCGUCAAGGAGGAGUAA